UAUGCUCCGUGAACGUCAGUUUGACUUAACUUGUCAUUGUCACUUUUUAAAAAUCAAAAUUUUUAACAUGCAAUGUUCAACAAGAAAAGUCAGAAAAUCCUAGUACCCAAGGGUACUAUUGAUCCCGAUGAGGACACUGUUAUUGAAAUUCCAAUCGCGUUAAAAGGUCAGCCCAUAAUUGUUGCCAGAAAGCAAGGACGGGCUGAUGAUUCACUUAGUAUAUCCAGAAGCCUUUAUUCUUCCAUAUCGGGAGAAACGUUUCCUGUCAGAACUUCCAGUACCUUAUCUAGACCUCAGGAAACAUUAUGGUACAGUUCUCAGGCUACACAUCAGCCACUCGGCAAUCUUGACCAAACAGAAUUGGCAGAAAAACAAUUAGUACAUAGUAGACUCGAGGAAUUUCAACAGGCCAGGCGACAGUUUUUAUUGGAGACGGCAAACGUGGCCACCAAAUCAACUCAAGUAUCACCCUCUGACCAGCUGUCGGGUCUACACAGAACCAAGGCGAUUUCGAACCCGUCGUUUCACUCGACCGCGAUAUAUGAUAAUGGGAAAAUGAUGGAAUCUUCAAUAAUUAAACCUAGGCACACGAAAUCGGUGCCCCUAGAUGAACAUGCACGAGAAUUGAACCGCGUUCAGUCGAGCACCGGCCCCAGCGUUUCAUUUUUCAACAGUUCCGCUGAAAACGAACACGAUAGCGUCCUCUGUCUUUGCCCGUCCCAAGCUUGCAGCAGAAAAUUUUGACAAGAUUUUUUAUACUCAUGUUUUUUACUAAUAAAUCUUAUUAG